AAGUCUGCAUUUUUGAUAAUUAUACAAAGCUAGCAAAUAUCUAGGUCACAUGACAUCAUCUUGGAAACUUUGAGGAGAUAAAGCUUGGCCUUCAUCGACUGUUUUUGGGGCAAUUAUCACUUAUUAUUCACAUGAUUAUACAUCUUCACGAACACUAAAGUAUAAGGUGGUAUCCUAUGAUGGGCAAGUUAACCUGUGCAUGUCUCAAUAUAAAGAUCCAUAUCAAGCAAGCAGAAUCACAACCUUUAGACUUAAAUAACUUUGAUGCAGAUGCUCACUUGAAGGCUCAUGAUUUCUUCAAAGAAGAUGUUUGUCAGGCAAUCCUUGACUUAGCAGGAAUCACACAGGAGCAUGGAUUCUUGGUGAAGACAGAAGAAUGUGGGGACUGGAGGGUUUCCAGCUGUUCCAAUUGUGAUAUGUUCACACACGCUGUACAGGCCAGAGUCAGAUCUGGAAUUGUCCUUGUCAACAAUGCUCUCAAGAGUGAUCCGGCUAUAAUAGAAAGACUAAUGACGUCAUCAGACUAUUCCCCACUCUACAAGAUUGUUCUGCAGAAGAGGACUGAAGAGGACACCCAGCCAAUCAGAUCAAUUCCAUUAAGUGACAGCAGAUAUGAAUCUCUCCAACAUAGUCUGACUACCAUACAACAUGUGCUUAAUACAUACCUUAUACAAGAAGAAACUGCAAUGGAAGACAGAAUAAGACACUUUGAAGAGGAACAACGUGCUGUUUAUAAUACAUUGAAGAGCAGAGCUAAACAAGAGAAGAAUACAAUGGCUAGAUUGGCUCUUGCAAACCAAGACAUAACUAUCCAAACAACAUUGUCUCAUGCCAUGUCUGACCUGAUGUCCCCCGCAAAUGACAGAUUUGGCGUGAAGUCCCCAGAGAAGGAUUCCAACCAGUCAUCGCCAAAUACAGGAAGUUUCAAAGGAAGCAUUUCUAGUCCUGCUUUCCCAGGAAGAUUAGCUAACUAUGGUGCUAGAUCUCAUGAGGCGACGUCUUUCCUUGCCAAUAAGCCUACAGCAAGUCCAGACGCUGAUGCUGUUUUUGCUCUUGAGGGUUUUGAAGAUGAAAUCUAUGCCUUUGAUGGUUCCGACGACAAUGAUACUGAUGAUAAUAGUAGCUUAACUGAUAGCUACAGUGAUGAACCAAGAGUCAACCAACCAGGCCAUGUAAACUUCUCCACAUCUGUGCCUAUCUCCGUACCAACUGACUGGGCUAUGUUGAGAAAAGCCAGGAACUCUACCACAGAGUAUCCCGACGAAGAGGUGCCUGAAGACAUGGCAGCCAGUAUCAAAGCUAUGGCCAGGAGUGUACAUGAAAGCUCCACUGAGAUGUUUGGUGACCUACCUAAGAGACACAUUAGAACUAGAGACAUUGUUAGAUCAUUUAAACAAUAGCUGAAAUCUUCUGCAACACAGAAUUUCUGACAUUGUGAGAUAAUUUAUACAAUUGAAGAAAUCCUCAAAACUGGGCAGUGGGCAAAUUUUAGUUCACUUGUCUAAUUGUAAAUUAAUGUAAAUCAUGAGUAUGAUUUAUGCAACAGUUUUACAUGCAGACAUUCUAAUAAAGAAGUCACUAGCAAGAAUGAUCUGUUGACAGUCACUGUUCUCUUCAAAGACAUGCUUUUUGAAGUGGAUGACUCGAGAAUUACCACAUAAAGAAAUGAAGAGGAAAUGAUUAACCAUUGAUUUUGUACAGAUCUGACCUGUAUAAUGUUCAUUCACUUUUGUUAAUCCUAAGCUCAUUUUAAUUUUGCACAUAUAUGUAUUCAUUAACAGUAGACUUGAUAUUAUGUACAAGAUUUACUUAAACUUGAUACAUCUGUAUUCUGCCUCAAAUUUGGGUAGGGCUUAUCAACAAAUUGCAAGUCAUCUUUUUAAGGUUAUUUGUAUAGGUAAAACAUGAACAUAUUUAACUGUUUACUUUCUGAAGAAAAAAAUAUCCACACAUUUCUAUGUUGAGAUUAUUUAUUUUCAUAUGUUAAAGAGUAUUCUAUUUUUGCAUUUAGGAAUAGCUGUUGUGUAAAUUAUUGAAAUCAUUUGUAUCUGUCAUUUGUAAUCAUUGUAAUUAACUGUAAGGGUCAUUGUGUGUCAAGUAGCAAAACUCUUUUGAUAACUGUUGAAUAUGAUGUCGUAUCUCAGUUAAAAACUGUACAAAAUAAAGUGAGUUUGCCAAAAUAAGAUAUUUUGUCAUUGGUUGCAAAAUUACUAUUUUUAUCGCAUCCUUUGGUGCUAUAUUGUGAUCAGUUUGCCGGGUGGACAGUUAAGCAGGGAGGUGUCUUGAUAAAUGUGCCUACAGGUUUCCAGCCAAACAGUUUGAGGGAGUCAUCUGAAAUUUUCAGGGAUGUU